AGCUCCGUCAUCGUUCCGUCCGGCCAUCAUGUCCUCCGCCCGACUUGCGCGCCAACUCUGCGCCCGUGCGCCCACACGCAUUACUUCUGGACUCAGCAGAAGAGUUGCAACCACUGCUUCAGCCUCUUUCCGACUCCGACACGCAUAUGCUCACCCGAGGGCAUUCCAUACUUCCCCCACCCGCUCGGAAGGCUUCACGAACUUCCUCGCCGACGAUGUGGUCCCUGCCAUUCAAGUCUCGACCAUAACGGAGAGGGAGGGCAUCAAACUCGCCGAUGGAACGGUUAUUCCGUCGGCUUGUAUCUUUCUGAACGCUGCUGUUUUCCUUUGGGACGUCCCGCCUCUCGAACCGACACAGGCACGAUCGUCCUGGGAGGGCUGGUCAGACAAGCACUUCGAGGUCUUCGAGACAGUGCUGCCAAGACCAGAGAUCCUGUUGCUCGGAACUGGCAAGAUCGUAGUCCAGGCACCCCCUGCCAUUCGCAACUACUUGAAGUCGCUUGGGAUUCAACUGGAGGUCACCAGUACACGCGACGCCUGCUCAACGUACAACCUCUUGACCGAGGAGGGUCGCCGAGUCGCUGCCGCCCUUCUCCCGCUGGACCCACAUAAGCAAUGGAAGAAGAUACCAGCAUCGUCAUAGACACUGAUUGCCGCAUCCCCUCUCACCCUGAUAUCCCAAAAGCACAAUGUACAUUGCUCUUACACUAUGGUACAACGCAACCACUCGGCGCGCGGUCAUUCAGAUCGCGUCGACGAUGUCUCCAAUUGCGGCUACUACUUCUUCGGGGCGCGCUUUUCGCUUGUUGGGUCGAUCGCUUUCGGCAGGGUAAACGACAUCGGUUGGCGCAUCUUCGUCGUCUAAGUUGGGUUGGGUGUACUUAAGCGGGAGCAAAUUGCCUGUACAUUGAUGAGCUGCUUCGCCCCUUCUAAGAGGUAGACGACGCACCAUCAUUAUCUUUGAAUCUGAUAUACAGGACAGGCCAUCCCGAAAGGCCCAAGUCUUUCAGGGCCUUCGAUCCG